GUUAUCCACCGUGACGUCAUAACCUCCCCUGACCUUGAAGGACGUCUAUAUAUAAAGGUAAUCUGCUCUCUCCUCACCAGUGCUGGGAUUGUCUUCCUCCGUUAAGAACGUCAACUACUACAAAGUUUCAUCACGAUGCUGAGGGUGAUAUUGCUGUGCCUGGCGGUGGGGUCGACCCUUGCCCAGAAUACCAACAGUACCAACCAAGGAAACACUCGCAUCUUCGGCCUGGGUAACCUCCUCUCGGGCUUGGCUGGGAACAGACCUAACAGACCCAACAGACCCUUCAGCGGAAGCUUCAACCAGGGCUUCAACCAGGGAGGCUUCAAUCAAGGCUUCAACCCAGGAUUUAACCAGGGAGGUUUCAACCAAGGUUUCAACCCGGGAUUCAACCAGGGAGGUUUCAAUCAGCUUGGCAACUUGGUCGGCGGAAUCGCUGCGGGCAUCCUCGGUCAAUCCACCGGUUUCCGACCUCCCUUCAACGGCGGAAACUUCAACCAAUUCAAGCCAGGUCGUUGCCCCGCGGUGCGACCCCAGUGUCCGAACACAAGGUUUGGCGGGCCUCAGGUUUGCUUCAAUGACUUCGCUUGCGCGGGUUCGGACAAGUGCUGCUUCGACACCUGUCUCAGGGAGCGUGUGUGCAAACCCAUCGUGUCUUUUGGAUAGUGAUUUUCUCUCCUAAUUGUGAUUAUUUUGUGUGUGAGUGUGUUCGUAAAUACAGUUUUAUGUAUUUUUAAAAAAUAUAUAUAUGUCUGAAUAUG